AACCUCAGAGCUGAAAGGGCUGCGGGGCUUUGCCGUCUCUCUCUCUCUGUCUCUCUCUGCCUCGCGCUGCUGCUGUCGGCGCGAGGCGGCCGCCGAGAGCGGAGCGGAGCGAGCGGCGCCGGCGCUGUGCAUGCUGGGCUCCGAUCAUGGUGGGCUCGCGCUAGCGGCAGGAAGGGCUCGAGCCAGUUUCCCCCCCGCCCCCGGCAGCCGCGCGCCUCCCGAUCGGCGAGUCCCGCCCGGGGAGAGAAGACACCGACCGGGAAGGGGGCUGGUACCCGCCGGGCGCUCGCUCUGUCCCGCCCCGCAGCGCCCCGGCACCGCUCGCCGGAGGAGGAGGAAGGGGGGUUGCCCCGGGUGCCAGCCGCUGUGGGGGGACGGGAGCGGAGCGGAGCGGACCGUGCCCCCCGCCGCUGCCCCCCGCGUGCCCAGCCCCGGGAGAUGGUGACACAUGAGGCGCGCUGGCAGGAGCAUGGUUGAAAGGACCAGCAAGUUCUUGCUGAUCGUGGCCGGCUCGGUGUGCUUCAUGCUCAUCCUGUACCAGUACGUGGGGCCGGGGCUGAGCCUGGGGGCGCCCAGCGGCCGCGCCCCGGCCGAGGAGCUGGACCUCUUCCCCACGCCGGACCCGCACUAUGUCAAGAAGUACUACUUCCCCGUGCGGGCGCUGGAGCGGGCGCUCGCCUUCGACAUGAAGGGCGAGGACGUGAUCGUCUUCCUGCACAUCCAGAAGACGGGCGGCACCACCUUCGGCCGCCACCUGGUGCAGAACGUGCGGCUCGAGGUGCCCUGCGACUGCCGGCCCGGGCAGAAGAAGUGCACCUGCUACCGGCCCAACCGCCGGGAGACCUGGCUCUUCUCGCGCUUCUCCACCGGCUGGAGCUGCGGGCUGCACGCCGACUGGACCGAGCUCACCAGCUGCGUGCCCGGCGUGCUGGACAAGAGGGAGAGCGCCGCGCUCAAAGCCCCCAGAAAAUUUUACUACAUCACGCUGCUGAGAGACCCUGUGUCCCGUUACCUCAGUGAAUGGAGGCACGUCCAACGAGGAGCUACCUGGAAAACUUCCUUGCAUAUGUGUGAUGGUCGGACACCAACCCCUGAAGAGCUGCCAUCAUGCUAUGAAGGCACAGACUGGUCAGGAUGCACGCUGCAGGAGUUCAUGGAUUGCCCGUAUAACUUGGCAAACAACCGCCAAGUGAGGAUGUUGGCUGACUUGAGCUUGGUGGGCUGCUACAACAUGUCUUUUAUCCCUGAGAACAAGCGAGCACAGAUCCUGCUAGAGAGCGCAAAAAAGAACCUUAGAGACAUGGCCUUUUUUGGCUUGACAGAGUUCCAGAGGAAGACUCAAUACCUGUUUGAGAGAACUUUUAAUCUGAAAUUCAUCAGGCCCUUCAUGCAGUACAACAGUACAAGGGCAGGCGGAGUGGAGGUGGAUAACAACACCAUACGGAGGAUUGAGGAGCUCAAUGACUUGGACAUGCAGCUCUAUGACUAUGCAAAGGACCUUUUCCAACAGCGCUACCAGUACAAGCGGCAGCUGGAGAGGAUGGAGCAAAGGAUAAAGAAUCGGGAAGAGAGGCUUCUUCACCGGUCCAACGAGGCACUUCCCAAGGAAGAGACAGAAGAGCAAGGACGCUUGCCCACUGAGGACUACAUGAGCCAUAUUAUAGAGAAGUGGUAGCCUAGGCAGACUUUUAUACUGAAUGGGAUUCUAGGGUUUCCUGUUAAAAGAUCAUGGAAAUAAAAAUACAAAACCACCCACAACAAAUCUUUUAUUUAAAAGCAAGUCUGUAAAACAGAAGGUAGCAUUCUUCUUUAAACAAUGGGUCUUUUUACUGUUUCUUACAAGACCAAUGAGAUUCUUAAAAAAAUAAAUAAAUACUUAAAAAAAUAAAAAAGGGUCAACAUUAUAACUCAGAUUUAAAAAUGCACAAAUUCAGCCACCCACUUAUGAGGCCAAAUACAAUGUAAUGUUUCUUAUCCUCCCAAAUUCAGAAACAGACGGCAGAGGUUGGAUCUUUUAUUAAUCUGUUUUUCCCCUGAGUAUAAAGACAGAUAUACAAACACACACCUGUAUAUAGAUAAUUUUUUUAAUCAAGGUUUCCCUUUGUUUCCCUUCUGUUUGGUGGGGGGAGGGUAAUGGGUUAUUUUUGUUUUGCUAAAGUAAGGAUAGUAGUGGCAAAGUUGAUUGCAUGCUAAGCUAUUAGGGUAUGAUCUAGUCACGGGGGCAGCUGCUCAGGCUCAAAUGGCAACCACUGUCAAGAAAAUGGAGCAGAAUAAAAAUAAAAGAAGAAAGACAGCAGAGGAUGAGAAACAUUAAAGCAAAUUGACUGUGGCCUAGAAUAUAUACUUAGCACAAUGGUUUUGAUACAUUGCACUGGUGUCGCACACGUACGCCACUUUACCAUAGUAACAAUAGUUAGUGAAUUCAUGCCCAAACAUCCCCAGCUUCUGCUUCACAAAGAAGUUCCAAAAGCCAAAUAAAAGCCAACCAAAUUCCACGUAGAGUCACACACGUACACACAGAUGGAAUCUUGUCACCCCUUCCCAUGUGCAGUACAUUCCUUAAUCAAUGUAACUUGUAAACAGCACAUGAAAAUCCUUUUCUGUACAUAAAACAAGCCAAGCAGAGAGAGAGAAUAGCAUCACUCCCGCAUGCACCUGCAUCAGGUAGAGUUCCAGUAGUACCCUGCAAGUACUCAGUUAUCAAUGGAGACAUGUUUAUUUUGCUGGGGCGUGUGUGUGUGUGUGUGUGUGAGAGAGAGAGAGAGAAAUGAGAUCUUAAUUACAGAGAACAUGCACUUACCCAUACCUAAAUUUCAAAAAUGCUAUUUUUUUUUAAAGAUAAAUUAUGUUCCCAAUCCUGCUCCCACCAAAGUCAAUAGCAAAACUUCCACUGAUUCCCAAGGGAGCAGUCGGGGACCUUGUUCCAGGGCAAUAAGAUUCCCUGCUACUGGUCUGAAUUAAUCUGGUGACAGUGUAUGCUGAAUUUGGCAGAAUGGCCUUUUCUGUGGAUCUUAUUUUAAACAAGGUGCACUCAUAAACCUGGAAAGAGAAAUCCGGGGUAAUGGUUUUCAGUCUCAGGCCCUGAUCAGACCAGCACCCGUCUUAUUUUGAGAGAGUCUGGUAACUUUCAUUCCCCAGUCUGGUGGCAGUCUAAGCAGCUUCUGCCAGCUCAGAUCGAUUCAAAGAACAGCAGCGGAUUGUCACAUUUCCCCCACACUGUUCAAAUCCGUCUAUUUUUUGUCGUUGCUAUUGCUAUUCCAAGCACUUCCGCAUUGGUCUGAAACGUGGGAAAGGAGCAGGUUUUGUCUGCUCCAUACGUCACCCAUUCUUACUUGGCCCCAAGGACCUGAACUGGCUACUGUUUAGGGUGAAGUAUGAAUCAAAUGGGAGACACCUUGAUUUUCAGAGGCUGUGUUAACUGCAGAUCUAAUAUGACAGUGAAAUCACAGGAGGAGAGGCAGAGAGAUGAUAUAUUCAGCUGCAGCAUGUCCUUUUUACAGAGUUGUCUUUCCCUUUACAGGAAUGUACUGAAGUGUUGCUCGCUUUGUAUUUUAAUUUUCUCUCUGCCUUUGCAUGCUGUUACCAACCCUGUAGAAUUCAAAUGGAGUUUUGCAGGGGAGGUGGAUGCCUGCUGCAGUAGCUGCCUGAUUUCCACGACAUAAACUGCGAGCAACACAGCUUGUUUUUGUAGGUGCUCGUCCCUAAAAGAGAGGAAAGAUGACAGAGCAUCUGGACAGAGAACCUGAGCAACACUUGAGGUUAAAACAUAACCCUAUUAUGGCUCUGAUCCAAAGCCCAUUGAAGUCAGUGGGAGUCUUUCGUGAUUUCAGUGGGCUUUGGAUCAGGCCCUCACAGCCUGGGCCAGCAGAGUACUUACACAUCUUAACUUUAACCAUAGUGAGACAUGCUGAAGUGCUGUGUUACAUCAGGCUUAUCAAUCAACACCUGCUAGUGUCAUUCUCUUUAAGGGUCUGUCAGUGUUUCCAUUAAGAGCCACUCCCGGUUUUCAGAGGUGUAUAACGUGGCCAUAAAUAUUUAUUCCAGGCUGAAAUGUGGAAACCAAAACCUCCCCCUCAAAGGAAUUUGGUCUGGGGGCAGAGGGUGUUACAAACCUCUAAAUUCCAGGAUUAGGAAUAACAAUGUUUGCUAGUUCCCAGCGCUCAUGUAUGUUGCUGUAACUAAAGAAAACAUUGAUUUUUACAAAAUGCAAUUUUACAGGCUGUUUAUCCACAAAACUAUACAUGAGCUAUAAAAAGCAACUGUUUUAUGUGCACACUAUCAAACUUUACCCGUAGGCUUCUCACUGUGCAUUCAGUGUUAUGGAUCCAUAAUGCACAAACAGUUACUAAACUAAUCCAUAUUCAGAGUAGGCAUCCAAACAGCUCCACAAGAGAGCAUGCUGUGCAUGCUUGUGCAGUACUGCAUACACUGGUACUGAGUUCUGAGGAUAAUUAUUAUACUGAGGGCUGAAUUCUGCCUUCAUUUACACAAAGGUUGACAAUGAAUGGAGCUGCCCAAGCAAGGCUGGCAGUAGAAUUUGGCCCAGUCUGGCUAGGUUAUUUCUGCAUUAUGGGCUCUAAAUAACUGGCUGAAUUUUAGUGGAUCUGUCUACAUGGUUCAAAAUUAGAAGGAACCUCUGACCUCAAGAGCGUGUCAGUGGUAGACUUCAACAUUUGCUUUGUAAUAUAUUACAGUAACCAACACAUGAAAUGAAACUACAGAGUAUUGUUAACAGUUCACUUAAACCCACAAAAGGAAGAAGAGAGAGGUCUGAUGAUUUCUAGUGGUCUGAGCUCAGUCGAGAGAGUCAGAAAUUUCCAUGUUCAAAUCCUGGCUCGGACACAUCCCUUCAGCUCUGCCUCAGUUUCCCCAUCUGCUCAUUGGGAAUAACAAUACUCACUGCUAAGAAGUGUUGUGAGGGUUAACUAGUGCAAAGUGGUGCAAAGAUAAAUUCUAAGUGUGAUUAAAGGAAACAAAGGAUACCCAGCCUGCUAUGGCCAGUUGUUUGGCCAAAGACCUUACACUAAUUAACUCUUAAGGGCUGGGUGCCAGGCAGUAAACUGUAGGACACAUCACUUCUCUGACACAGAAUUUUCUUGCUUUAGUGGGCUUAAAGGAGCUUCCUUGACAUAGUGUGAAUGUAGUUUAUUGUGAUUUAUAUGUACUACGAUUUGGAGUGGUACCAGUUUUUAGGAGCAGAUUAUUUGAUUCUACAAUAACAUGAAAAAUGUAUGUGUAGUUUUAAAAUUAAUAGACACCAUCUGCUUUAAGAAACUCCACUGGAAUUAUUGGCCAGAUAUUUUGUUGUUAAAUAUGUGCCCCUCCCUUCCAAUACAUUUCCCCUGCUGCUCCCUGAACUUUCUCUACAUUUAGAGCUUCUUAUAUAAAAUGCUCCUUCAUUAAGCAGGAAAUAUUUCAUAAUAGCAAUAGGUGUAGUGAAGACAAUUACGAGAUUCUGACACAGACUCCCAUUGAAUUCAAUGGGAGUUGAAUCCGGUCCCAAGUCAAUACAACACUUGCUAUUACAUUGUUUUCCUGAUAUGAUUGCAGGGAGCUUCCAGGGAAAGUCUUCACUGCAGUUGGGAUCUUUAUGGAAUGUUAAUGGGAAUUUAUCCAAGCAGUAAUGCUUAGUGUGAGUGGUUACAUUGGAGAGAUGCACUGUUGCCACCAGUGAAAGACCAUGGCCUGACUCUCCAUUUUCUUAGAGUUUAUGUUGUCAUUACACCUGUGCAAAAAGAGGUGUGACAUGCUCCCACCAGUGUGCAGAGAAUUCUGAUCCAGUAGCACGUCACUUUCACUUUGCACAGCUAUAAGUGCAAGAACGAGGCCUCCGUAUGCUUUUAGACUCCUGAAAAGAGAAACUUCACUGCUUGAAGUGUGUUGUUGCUGAUGAGCCUGAAUUUGAAUGGUUAUACUGAAUGAGAUUCCUGCCCACACAAACACUAGCCAGCCAAUUAGAUGCCCCUUUUCGCCAUGCCCAUUGAAGAAUGUGCAGUAUUGACUGGAAAGGAUGCUAUGUCCUGUAACUUUUUGCCCAGUCAGUCACUUACAUUGUAGAGGUAGGCAAAACAUCUCACAACAAAGGAUUCUUUGUGAAUGAAAUACCAUUUAGCAUAGGUCAUUUUUCUGGUCUUUGUUUCCUUUCUUCUCAGGCUGGUCUCUCUUCCAUAGCAUCCCUGCCCAAGUUUUUGUUAGAACCCUUUGAAAGCAAAAUUUUGGAGUGAAUUUAGUGUGAUUCAGACUGUGUCACCCCUGCAAGCUGCAGUCCCAUGCACGGGUGCUGGAACAAUUUGUGAAGUGGGGGUUCUGAGAGCCACUGAACCAAACUGUAAACCCUGUCUAUGAUGGAAACCACUUCAAGCCAGAGCAUGCAGCAGCACCUCCAGUACCCCUAGUUCCAGCACCUAUAGUCCAAUGUCUAUCCACAAAAGGACAGCAUAGGCAAUAGCAUCAAAAGCCUCCAGUGUGCUUUUUGAACCUUUCUUACAAUUCAGACUCCAUGGUCAUUCGCUUCUUAGCUUUGUUCCUCUGCUGGCAUCACAAGCAAGAAAGUACGGCUGUCAAUAGCGAUGCAGACACUUGUCCAUUAGAAACUAGAUUGAGGCACAGAGAUCACCUGCUCACUUGACCACUGAACAGCUAUCAGAUGGUAUUGACUGUGUUAUUACUGAGCAAGGUAUGACUUUAAUUUGUGACAGAGUUAAAAGGCUCCAUUGCCUUUUAUUACCAAUUCUUUGAGCCAGCUCCCCCUCUGGAAUUUUUUGACGGUAACAAUUAGGUAGCACUACAGUAAUCUGCACACAGGCUUACUAAAUGUAGUAUUUCAAAGGAUGUGUUUUGGCAUGCAGUCCACAUAAUUUGCUGCAUUCAAAUCACAGUGCUACUGGGUUAGCUUUUGUUUUUGUUAAUAUUAGCAUAUCAUGUUCCAGUAGCAGAAAUUAACACGAGAUUUGCUUGCUGAAUGCUAGAGCCAGGCCUUUGAAGCACAGCUCAGUUAGCAGUAGUUCCUGUUAAAGCAAUGAUCAGUGGGUCCCUCACACACAAUCAGAGUUAUCUGUGGCUGCCUGUUUGUCCUGCCUACAGGAACUCUGGCAAGGGGAACGUGGUCCUUAUAACCACCUGGGUAUUAAAGCUUGCUUUGCCCACCCUAAGGGUGGUGGUUUUCAGUACAAUUCUUAGCUAUCCAAGAUGAAAAGCAUGAUUUGCAAUCAAGCCUUUUUCUUCCCCCAAGUCCCCACUUCCUCAGCCCUCCCAGGGGUCCCUUCUACAUACUGGAUUGAGAGAGCUGUACUAUAAUUAAUUUUAUAUUAAAAUGGUUUCUGAGCAUGAUUUGUUUUGUACAUAUUGGAAUAUGUUUUUAACUUAUUUUUAUUGCCCCUUUUCAUUCAUUUUAAUUGCUUUUUUUAAAAAAACAACUCCUCAAAUGUGAAGUUUCUGUGUGUAUAGUCUGCCAGGCAAAUGAACAGCAGCCACAGGAUUUACCACCAGUUUUAUUGGUAAUGGAUCUGAUUUUGUGUUGAUGUCAUUUGCUUUUGUCUGAGGUUUCGCUUGUGUUCUCUUUAAUUUCCACUCUGCUGUACAAGGAGUACAGCAGAGGUAAUGGACAAUGGAGACAGAGCAUUCAUUUCCUUCCCCUUUCUUGUGUGUUUUAUCUACCGAGGAACUCAGUUCUUAUCUCUAGGAGUUGUGUGACUGAGGGUAAAAACUAAAAUUGAAAUAAAACCCUUCACUCCUGUUUUCCCCCCAGUUGUAGAUCAAACAGAUUCAGCGUCUUUUAAAAAGAAUAGUGGCUGAGGCCAUCCACCUAAGUGUUUCCAUUGGGCUGAAUCUGUAUGGUUUGCACUUUCAUUUCGGGAGCUAAAAAACCUGUUUAACUUAAGCCAAGUACCACUUAAAGCUUUAUAUAUUUAUUUAUAGCAUCCUACAAAAAGAAGUGUUAAGGUUUGUUUAUUUUCUUUCCACAACAAAAAAAAAUUAAUUCAAAAUAAUAAUCUAAUUGUUUUUGUCUAGAUCAAGAAUGAAUGUUAGCAGAUGAAAUAAACCCUAAAAACGAGCCUUUGUUGUGUGUGUU